UUUUUAGGAUGUAACUGUUUGGAGAGGUCGUAUGAUGCGGACAUCAAACAUGUUGAUGGACUAGCUGGGCUAUUUGCUGAAGGACUCCCUGAAGGACUCAAUGAAGGAAUCGCUGAUGGACUCGCUGACGAACCAUUCUUACACUCUAACAACCAUCAAUUGAGCGCGGGCAUGAAAAUACAACAGCAAUAUGGAAAUUUUAUGAAGAAUCAUCGAGCCACCUACAGUCAUUAUCGAGUUGGAUCAAACGAUGGUCGAGAAACCAUCAAUUUACCUUACCUGAAGACCAAACCGGAACCAAACAAGGAAAGUCUCUUACCACGUCUUUACUGUUCCAUUUUGAAGCCUCUAGCUCGUGUGGAAGCUUCUAAAAGUCUGAAGACACGCUCCUUGCCAUUAAAGGAAGAAAUAUCCUCCAUUGAAGACACUUACCAUAUUCGUACCCGAGGGGAUCAAGCCAUUGAAGCUGCCAAUAUUCUCAAGACAUCUAAGCCUCCUUUUCAACCAGAAGACUCAAGCCACGAGGUUAUUUCUCCUUCUCCAAGACGUCUCCCACUUCUUUCCAUAACCGGCACCAACGCAUCACCACUACUUAUUCCCAACGGCUAGAAGAUCACAUCCUCUCCAAGUUAUCAUUUAUUUCGCAUAUUUGUUUCCUUGUUUUCAUUUCUUGACCAUUAGAGGUCUCUUUGUCUCGAGCCUAUAUAAGCUCUUCUUCCUUGUUCU